UCUCUCUCCUCCCCCUCCGCCCUCCUUCUCCUUUUCGCUGCGCACGGCCCAAUUGCACAACCUCGGCUGGCUGCUUGGCUGCCCGUUCACACCAGCCUGCCGGCAAGCACGACAGAGCGUGAGAGAUUGUUUCUGGCAUGUCCGAUUCAGAACGAAGGAAGAAGGGAUGCUGGCUGACUGACCAUGCGGCGAUUCCCGUGCCUCCUACCAAGCAAGACUUCAUACUGGCGGGAAAUCUGCUAAAACGACGAGGAGGGUUCGGAAAGAUGUCCCAGCAGAAGUGGAAGAAUCGGUGCUUCGUCCUCUUGAAAACGGGCAAUUUGUGUUACUUUCAGGCGGGUUCGUUCGACAGUGUCAAUUUCUGCGAACCUCCACGCGGCAUUCUCACGCUCGACGAGGAUGUGGUAAUAUCGAAGAACACGCCACCUGACGGAGAUGUCACGGGAACCUCAUCGCUUGUCAUCCAAGGAGGAGGGCAGAGAUGGAAGCUUAGCUCGGAAGCACCGGGCGAGAUCAACCGCUGGGAAGAGGCUUUGCGAUCUUUUGUUGAAGGGCCGCCAUCGUCAGAUGAACCUGCCAGAAUUUCAGACACCUCCAUGCGGUCUCCGACAUUCCGGCGUGGCACCAGCAAGAGGUUGUCGUCCCCGCCAAACGGCGUGAAGCACAAAACACGCACACCGUCUCCACCAUCCCAGAACGGUACACGAUCACCGUCGGCAAGAGCCACAGCAGUAGUGAUGGAAGAGAGCGCACAAGGGGGGACUGAAACCCGAGGCGCUUGGAUGCUCGCUUGUGUGUUAACGGCCGUGGACGUGGUGUGCUACUUCCUUCAUCAGCACGAGUUCAGCUUGAAGGUGUUCUAUGCGGCGGUGUUUACGCUGAACCUGGUCAUUGGUUGGGGCAUGCGGAGAUCCGCCGACAGGCCAGCUUCUGGAGAACGCAGCGGCACUGGGGUUCCUGUGAUUCACGGCGAUGACGUCGGGGCUCUCAGAGUUGCUCUUAAAAGGCGCUUCCCGCCCAAGAAGGACACGCAACCUCUUCUCCCGUUAGGAGACGGGAGGGAGAUUCCGUGCGGGGUACCGGUGGCAGGCUCCACUACACAGCAAUAUGAUGACCCAGCGGGGACUUUGACAGCGCCGCACCACUCAUGGAGCAAUGGGAUCGAAUCCGUCUUCCAUGUCCGGGGAAAAGGGUACAUGCAGGACAAGGUGAAGGUGUCACCAGCCGAGUCGCUGUACGACAUGGUGGGGCUGGACAUAUUUUCUACUGAAGCAAGGGUCGGCAACAUGGCGUCGGAAGUAGUCCUGGACACCGUUACAAAAGAUCUGCCCGCAGUGUCUGUCCCGGGAGUUCCUCCAUUGCUAGUUAUCAACGUGCAGCUCCCUUCUGCCUCGCCUGCCCUCAUGACCUCCGCGGAGGAUGGGCCCGGAGUCCAGGGAGCAAGAGAAGCAAUGAAGAACACAGCGUUCCUCUCCAACACGCCAUCAUAGGCGGGUUUCUCACACGACGGGUGCGGUAACCUCGGUUUUUGUCCCCUCGAAAUCCGCAAGGCGUAUCAUACCUUGCUUUUGGAUGGUCCUGACAUAAUGCCCAAUCCCCCCCGAACAGUGUGUGAUGUACUUCAAAAUGAAGGAAUCCACGGCUCGAGCAAUGGAGAAUUUGGCAACUGCGUCGGAGGGCGUGCGGCUGUGGGUUACGUACUGUCAGCGUGUCGGAGUUGACGAUGACUUUCAAGGUAGAUUCAAGGUUACACCACUCCCCCGGUUUUGAACGAGUGCGCGUGUUCUCGAUCUACUACUGCCUACCGAGCGGACUUGAUUCUCAUGUUCUUAUGGUCUUCAUGGUUGACCCGCACAUUCCCGUUAGACAUUCGGUGGAUGUGGGGAGUUGUUGGCGCCAGGUUUUGUUUUAGAUUAUGCACCCCCUCUGUCCGUUCCUUCGUCGAUGCUGGUUCAUGUCCGUGUUCGUUGCUACAGUGCAUCGCCGUGAUCGCGAACAGCGAAAGUCUGGGUCUCCCGAGUUUCAUCACCAAGUACAACGGAAAGCCUGUACUCAUCAACAGGAGCGGACACU